ACAAGACAGUAAAUAGGAAGUGAAGCACUGGUGACGAGAAGAUGCGACUACUGUAAACUUUAAAUUUUAUGUGGGAUUUGACUUCGCAUUUUGUUUUUAUUUUUAGCAAGAGCAACGUCACCGAAUAUGGAGACAAUACGGAAACGUCGGGAGAACGAUUUAACCUUUCGAACAAAUACACAAAAUAGCACACUUGGUUCGAAGCAGAGCUUGCCACAGAAGAAAAGGCAAGGUUUCCAUUUAGAUUUGUGGUUCUGCCUGACCCUGCAAAACUGGAUUUUAGACUUUGGCCGGCCUAUUGUCAUGAUCUUGAUUCCACUUGAGUGGUUUCCUCUGAACAAACCAAGCGCCGGAGACUAUUUCCACAUGGCCUAUAAUGUCAUAACACCUUUUCUCAUGCUUCGGUUGAUCGAGCGCAGUCCAAGGGCACUGCCUCGCUCAGCAGUCUACCUCUGCAUCAUCACUUUUGUCAUGGGAGCCAGCAUCCACCUGGUUGGAGACUCCAUCAACCACAGACUAAUUCUGAGUGGCUACAAGCUCCACCUGUCUGUCAGGGAGAACCCGAUCAUGAGAGAUCUCAAACCUGCCUCACUGGUUGAGUCCUUUGAGCUGCUAUACUAUUAUGAUGAACAUUUGGGACAUUUAAUGUGGUAUAUUCCCUUCUUUAUCACUCUCUUCAUCUACUUCACUGGAUGCUUCACGCAGCCUACAGAGCAGAAGAUUCCAAUGACAGGCCAGCUGCUACUUGCACCAAGCGCACUCUAUUACUGGUACUUGGUCACGGAAGGACAAAUCACUGAACUCUUUCUUCUCACCUACUUUGCGAUGGUGGCUCUGCUGAUUUAUCAAAGGCAUAAUGGCCUGAGCCCAGACAGCAAUGGUCUUUUCUUAUUCUAUAGUUUUAGUGUUACUGUGCUUCUCGUGACACUAUGGGUUGUCUAUCUAUGGAAUGACCCGGUGCUACGCAACAAGUACCCUGGUUUAGUGUACGUUCCAGAACCCUGGUCCUUCUACAUGUUACAUAUCAUGAAAGAGCAGUAAUCUGAACUGUUCAUGUUUGUACAUUGUUACUCCAUAUGACCAUUUACUGUUGGCUUGAAACUGUAUUGCUUUUUCCUUUCUUUUUAGAGAAGAUAGCCCGUGAACAAGGAACAAAAUUAUGUUACAACUGUUUAACGAUGUGUUACAGCUAUUAUGUUUUUGUCAUUGCUGAAUUGUUGACAGUAUUUCUCAAAUUACGUUUUCGACACUUCUUUGUUAAGGCAGAACCAAUGUUCACCUGUGUAUUCAAUACCCACUGCCCUGGCUGCUCACUACUGUGCUGACCUCAAUAAUGAAAGAAGAAUGGAAUACACAAAAUCAGUGCUGUUGUGGAUUUCUGUAAAGAACCUCUGCUCCCAAGCAAACACUGUAAUUCUUGACAUAUUUACAACGGUCGAUAUUGUUAUUUGUUUCAUUUUACAGUGCAGCAUUUAAAUAUAUUUUGAGAUUGUCAUUCAGAAAACUCCCAUGUCCAAAUUUGGUGAAUUUCCUAUUUUUUUCACAAAUCCACACUAUUGGUUAGUCCAUGCGCGAGUGCGCGCGUGAGAGAUUAUUUUUACAAAUCACUGAUCAAUCUAUAGUGUUGAAAAUGGCUUGUUCACUUUGACGAUCUAAUGUUAAUAGUUAAGCAAACAUGCCGCUGGGUCUCUUUACAAGUGAAUAUUUUGGAGGAACAAGGAUUGAGCCUGAUGCCAGUCAUAUGUGCAGUACAUACUGCAUCCACAAUGCUUUCAAAAGGUCUCCGUACCCCUUGAAUAUACAUUUCUUUUGACCUC